AUAUAUAUAUAUAGAGGAUAACAAAACAACCAACCCACCCCAAGCAACACAGAGUAUAAGCUAGAGAAGAUCAAGAAACAAAUGGCUAACGCCAAAAACGACGCCGUCUCUCACGAUCUCCUCUCUCUUCUCUCCCCAGAAGAAAGGGACUUCCUUAUCCGCAACAAUGGUGACCAGGCUAAAAUCAGUAAUUUGGUUGGAAAGAUAGUAGGAUUAUAUUUCUCUGGUUCAUGGUGUGGUCCAUGUCGCCAUUUUACCCCAACUUUGGUGGAAGUCUAUGAAGAACUCUCAACUAAAGGUGAUUUUGAAGUCGUCUUCAUUUCGUCUGAUAAAGAUGAUGAAUCGUUUAAUGGCUACUUUGCCAAAAUGCCCUGGCUUGCCAUUCCAUUUUCUGAUUCUGAGACACGUAAACGCAUCAAAGAGUCGUUUAAAGUUAGGGGGAUCCCUUAUCUUGUUAUCCUUGAUGGCACUGGUAAGGUUUCAUCCGAACAAGGGGUUAGAGUUGUUAGAGACUAUGGUGCUGAGGCGUAUCCAUUUACGCGCGAAAGAAUCAACAUCUUGAAAGAGGAAGAAGAGGCCGCGAAGAGGGAACAAUCCUUGAGGUCUAUCUUGGUUUCUAGCUCCCGCGAUUUUGUGAUUUCAAAUGAUGGUAAUAAGAUUCCUGUACCGGAGCUUGAAGGAAAGACGGUUGGCCUGUAUUUCUCCAGGAGUACUCAUGGAGGAUGCCUUGAAUUUACCACGAAACUCGUGGAGGUUUACAAGAAACUCAAGGAGAAAGGAGAGAACUUUGAAGUUGUGUUAGUAUCUCUAGAUGAUGAAGAUGAAGAGUUCAAACAAGAAUUUGGAAAGAUGCCAUGGUUAGCCUUGCCUCUCAAGGACAAGAGCUGCGAAAAGCUUGUCCGAUACUUUGAGCUUAGAGCGCUUCCUACACUUGUUGUAAUCGGUCCAGAUGGGAAGACUCUGCACUCCAAUGUGGCUGAACUUAUUGAAGAACACGGUGUUGAAGCCUACCCUUUUACUCCGGAGAAGCUUGUUGAGCUCGCUGAGAUAGAGAAGGCAAAACUUGAAUCACAAACUCUAGAAUCAAUUUUGGUCUCUGAGGAUUGUGAUUUUGUGAUCGGAAAAGGUGGUUCCGAGGUCCCUGUAUCUGAACUUGUAGGAAAGAACAUCCUCCUCUAUUUCUCAGCACAUUGGUGUCCUCCAUGCCGUACUUUUCUACCUACACUUAUUGCAGCCUACCACGAGAUUAAGGCAAAAGAUGAUGCAUUUGAAGUUAUUUUCAUCUCAAGUGAUCGCGAUCAAUCUGCCUUUGAUGACUUCUUUUCAGGCAUGCCAUGGCUGGCUCUCCCUUUUGGUGAUAAGAGGAAGGCGUUCCUCCAGCGCAGGUUCAAAAUCAGAGGAAUUCCUGCUGCCAUAGCCAUUGGAUCUAGUGGCCUGACAGUCACUACACAAGCCAGGCAGCUCUUGCAAUCUCAUGGCGCAGAUGCCUAUCCCUUCACCGACAAUCAUAUCAAGAUAUUGGAGGAAAGGAUUGAUGAAAUCGCAAAGGGGUGGCCUGAGAAGGUGAAAGACGAGCGCCAUGUGAAGCAUGAGCUCACACGUACACGUAGGAGUGGUUAUAUCUGUAAUGGAUGUAGGGAGUCGGGACAUGGUUGGUCCUUUUAUUGUAAGGAAUGUGACUUUGAUCUCCAUCCCAAGUGUGCUCUAAAGGAUGAUCAGAAGAUUCAGAAGGAGAAUUGUGAAGGGGGUACUGCAAAAGCGGAGGAGGGAUGGACCUGUGAAGGCGGUGUGCGCCGUAAAGCAUGAGGAAGCCAUAUCUAGCAUUUGCACAUGAAUCACGGAGCUUACUUUAACAGUUUGUGAUGCUCUAUUUAAGGGGUCUUUGUAGAUUGUGUGAAGAUGUGUGUGCGCGCGUGUGAAGAUGUGUUUGGGAAGUGAAUAAAAGUGUGAGACAUGGUUGGAUCAAUGACAUGAUCUAUAAGUACUAGUUGUUCAAUGAAACUUGAACUCUUGUCUUAAUGUUUGAUUGGUUAAUGUUCUUGA